CUGCGUAUCCGCAGUGCCGCUCCGUACUGCCUACGCGCACCAUCAGCACCAGCGCCUCAGCCCGGACGCUGACUGCGUGUCCCUGCACGGCUGCGGGGCUGCGCUCAUUCACCCACCAGCAGAGCUCCUCUCUGGCUGCGCAGGCGCUUUCGAGUCAUUUCUGGAAGAAGAUGGCGGACAGAGCCGAGAUGUUUUCGCUCUCCACCUUUCGUUCCCUGUCUCCUCCAAGUUGCAGACAAGCUCACGACAUCAGUCUGGAGGAGUUUGAUGAUGAGGAUUUGUCCGAGAUCACGGAUGACUGCGGAAUCGGGCUGAACUACGACUCAGACCCCUACGACAAGGACUGUCUCAUCCUGGAGAAGAAUGAGCACCAUCCAGUCUGCUCCUUUCAGGAUGACUUCCAGGAAUUUGAGAUGAUUGACGAUGAGGAUGAGGACGAUGAUGAGGAUGAGGAAGACGAGGCAGACCCUGAGGCGUCUCCCCCCUCCCCGACUUUGGGCUUGCUGCAGAAGAGCCGACCCACCACGCUCAACCUCACCUCAGCUGUGUCACAGGAUUCGCUAAACAACAACAACAGCUUCUCCCCCCGAAAAGGAAGCUGGCAGGAAUCGCUCCGCUACCCCGCCUCACACGGGCGUCUGUCUCCUGAUCAUUCCAGCCUUGAGGAAGGUGAACAUGUGAAAGGUCAAACUACUGCAUCCCCGGUCAAAGAGUCUUUCGAUCAACACAAAAUGUCCAGCAGCUCCGACACCGAGGGUGAGCCCAGCGUUGAGGCCCCAGCCCAGGGUGACAGUGUGCCUGUUGUAGGCGAGAGUUCCCAGUGCUCCGACACAGAAGUUGACCAAGACCUCAACAGUGCCUGUGCCAGAAGGCGCAGGUCCCAAUCCAGACAAGCCAAUGAAACAUAUACCAUCACCACUGAGUUGGCUGUUGACCCUGAGCUGGAGAAUGACGUGACUUCAGGCACCAGCAAAUGCCUUUCCCCCUCAGCACCAGCCAGCAAUGAUUCCGGAACCCCCUUGACAGACGAUGAACUAGACCAAGAUUUUGACGUUGACUUUUUGUCCAAGAAUACGGACGACUUGGUCUGCAAAGAAGCUGAGGACUCAUUCUAUGUAGAGUUUCCUCCGAUUGAACCAUGUGAAAUAGCUUUUAUGUCAUCAUCUGCUCAGCCUAAUGCUGGACAAGCGGAGGUUUUCUCUGACCAUCGUGCAAACGUUCAAGAUCGUGCAUCUGGAGCCUCUGAUGACACAAACUCCCCAUCAUCUGACCCAGGCAUCGCAGACAUGAAGGGAUGCAACAUGUACGCGACUUCGGACCAGCAGAGCGAUGACCUCAGCACUCCUGGCUCUGAUUCGGACGUAGAGGGUGAGCUGGAGGCAGCCUUUGCCUGCGGGGGGCCCUUGGUCAGUCACAUGAUCUCAUCCAUCUCAGAGACUGAGCUGGACCUGACAAGUGACAGCAGCAGUGGCCGCUCGUCCCACCUCACCAACUCCAUCGAGGAGGCCAGCUCACCCACUUCUGAUCAGGAGUUAGAGACCGAGCUGGAACAAGACAGCGGGAUUGUGGGUAUCAAGGCUUCUCUGCUCCUUGGGCAACCCGAGCCCAUCAAAGAGGCUUCGCCCAUUGAUGCGCCAGAGAUGCAGGAACAGCUGGAUGACAGUCAGGCAUUGAUGGGAAUGCAAAGCGUUGAUGAUGCCAUCUAUGAGCACACAGCCGACCCCGACGAGACCCUGCCACCCACAGACUGCUGUGACGAUGAGCUUUCCAAACAGCUGGUGCUGAAGAUUGAACCAGACCACAGCCUGGAGAGCUUUAAAAGGUCCUUCUACUUGCCCAUAGGGCCAAAACUCAUGCCUGCCGUGGAUGACAGUGACUGUGAUUCUGAGUCAGAAUCAGAAGAUGAACUGAGUGAGAAUUCGGAUUCACCUUGGCUGCUCAGCAAUCUCGUCAACAAAAUGAUCUCCGAGGGCUCCUACCCCAUAAGCUGUCCAGAGGACUGCUUUAAAAGGUCUGCCUCCAUCUCGGACACCAUUUCCCCCUCAUCAGACUUGGAGGCAGAUGCUUUUAAUGAUCAUUUUGAAGCCCAGCCGCAGUCGAAUGAUGACGUGCAGGAGGAGACGUCAGAUGAAAACGGCAAAGACUUAGGUCUGAUCGCGUCAGCUGAUUCCAAGGAGGAACUUAAAGGUGAUGAGAUGGUUCGACCAGAGCGCAGAGUGGGUCUAUCAGGAAACAAUGACACAUCAGGCAUGUGUGUAUAUGUAAAGGACACCAACGCCCCCAUCCUCAAUGAGGCAUAUAGCAGCAGAAUGAUAAACCCAGGAGGUCAUGGUGUGGACUCAGGUCCGGCUUCCCCCAAAAACCUGGACAGCUCUCCAGAUCCCAUGUUAGAUAAAAACAUUAUACAAGAGGAGCAGGAGCCUGAUAAUGACCUGUCAAUGCAAAUGACAGGACUUCAACCCCACAUUGAAGAUAUGGAGAGUGAUGAGGAAAGGGAGAACAUGAGGUUACUGGACCGGAUGACUGAAGUGAAGAACAGCCUCACUCUGGACAUUCCCACCACCCAGACUAACCGCUGCUUCAGCCUGACCUUUUCCACUGACAACGACGAGGGCUCCUUCCCAGUGUCCCUCCACGGUUCCCCCUACGGCGAUGCCUACCUGGACAGCUCUCCGCCCGUCGACGAGAGCGUCCAGGCCCACAGGUCCACCGAGAAUAUGAUGGGAAGGCACAUGGAUGAAUCACUAGCCUACGACUCGGUCAAGUACACCUUGGUGGUGGAUGAGAACGCCACCCUGGAGCUGGUCAGCCUGAGGAGGUGCACGUCCGUCCUGAGUGAUGACAGCGACAUAUCCACGCUGUGCGACGACUGCCCCCUGGAAGUGGGUGCCGAGUUUGGCCAGGGUGGAGAGAACCUGGAUGUCAUCAGUUCUUCGGAGGACUCAUCCCCCGAGGCUGAAAUUCCCUUCUCCAAGAAAUUCCUGAAUGUUUUUGUCAACAGCACCACACGCUCAUCUAGUACAGAGUCAUUUGGGCUUUUCGCGUGCACCAUCAAUGGACAGGAGAGAGAACAGACACACAGGGCUGUAUUCAGGUUCAUCCCCAGGCAUGCGGACGAACUAGAGCUGGACGUGGACGAUCCCUUGUUCGUAGAGGAAGAGGAGGAUGACUACUGGUACCGAGGAUAUAACAUGCGCACCGGGGAGAGGGGCAUCUUCCCUGCCUACUACGCCCACGAGGUCGUCGGUCAAGCCAGGGAGCUUGGAGGGUUGAAGAGGGACACAUCCUGGAUGGAGAGCUUCAGCGUUCAGUUCCUUGGGUCGGUGGAGGUGCCCUAUCAUCAGGGCAAUGGCAUCCUGUGUGCUGCUAUGCAGAAGAUCGCUGUCACACGGAAGCGGACAGUACAUGUACGUCCCCCUGUGCUGUGUGACCUGGAGAUCAGCCUGCAGGGCAUCAAGCUGGUCAUGAGUCUGGACGACGACUUCGGGGAAUUGGAUGAGUUUGACAGGUGCAGCCACUUCUUCCAGAUGAAAAACGUCUCCUUUUGUGGAUGCCAUCCCAAGAACAACUGCUACUUUGGGUUUAUCACCAAGCAUCCGACGCUGAACCGCUUUGCCUGUCACGUAUUCGUAUCCCAGGAGUCCAUGCGGCGUGUGGCAGAAUGUGUAGGACGCGCUUUCCAGGAGUAUUACCAGGAGCACCUGGAGUAUGCCUGUCCCACGGAGGACAUCUACCUGGAGUAGCGGAGAUGUCAAGCCCCGUCCUCCUCUUAUUAUGUAUGUUCCUAAGUGCUCCACCAGGGGGCGAUGUGUAGCUGUUAUCUAUUGUACAAUACAUUUUGUUCUGGCGUUUCUUUUUUUGCCCCAGUGCGCUCACUUUGAGAACUCCUCAGAUGAAUUACCCUUAUAUUUUACUUCUUUUCUACAAUAUUAUAGGGAUUUUUUGGCAGCUCUGCAAACAUUUUCUUUGAUUUUCUUUUCCGUUAUGAAUUUAAAAUUACAGCAAAUUCUGUAUGCGACAUUCAUGCAUGGCUUUAUGGGUAACAAAGAGAACAGACAGGCAAACAGGAAAGAUUUUCUGUUGUGCUAAUCUUGGGUUUGGGGUAGGCUUUAUAUAACUAGAAGAUUUAAAAAAAUAUGAGAGUCUGUAAAUAAGAAUUUGUUCAAUAUCAAACAAAUUAUGUUUUGAUUUCUACUGAAAUUAUUAUUCUGGAGAAGGUAAACGGGGGGGUGAUAGAUUUGAGGUGGGUCAUAGUGUGGGAUAGAGGAGUCUCCUAGUGAAUAGGCAGAGGAAACAUACUGUAAAUAAAUGUAUAGAUUUAGGAGAACGUUAGAUUGCUUUAAAAACAAGUGGUUAUUAGCAUCCACAUCGGUUAUGACUGGGUACUGUCAGGACACGGUCAGUGAUCUGGUGUGGUCUGCUGUGUGAAAGACCGGACUGACAAAACCGCGCACUUGCAGGGCGUCACAACAGCCGGACUUUCUAAGGCUUCCGAGAUCCACGUCGCCUUUGUUAAAGAAAAGCUACAGCUUUGGGAGAAAAAAAAACACAGCAAUCACGGCUUCCAUCAUCUUUGGCGAGGCAGAAGACGAUUAAAAAAUACAAUGAAAAUCAGCUUAUAUGCAAUUAGUUUGUAGCCGAAGAAAAUGAUAUAUGUAUACACAUACUGCAAAAUGUCCUUAUAAUAAUGACAGCUAAUGGCACGGCGUGCAUUCAUUUGGCUGCUUUAAACAUCAGAGGAAUAGGGGUACAUUCGGCAAUUAGUCCUAGAGCCUAGAUCACAUAGAUCGAAAGCCUAAAAGGACAAAAUCUUGAAAAGUUUACGGUAAUAAUGGCCACAGCUUCUUUUCUCUUGUCCUGUCUCUGUACAGCUUAUUUCCAUGAAUGAUAUUGACGUCAUUGUAUGGUCAAGUGGAUUCUGGGAAAAUGGCGCUGCUCUCGCGAAAGACUAUAUUUUUCCCGUGCGAGACGAGACUCGAUCUUUCUUACUUAGCGUGGCUUUAAUGUAGAUACCGGUCUUGCAUGUCGUAAAACGUGAAGAAAACUUUGGUUCUGUAACGAAGACCUUUGCCGUGUUUUUUUCCCCCCCUUUCGGUUCUCUCUCUGGAUUUUUGCUGCUCACUCUGAAACCGCCGGCAUUAAACCUCCAGCAACAUCACUAGUGAUCGAAGCCAUAAUAUAUCGGACUGUUCAAUAAUAUCUUUGGCUGGGAUCUCAGCUGCAAAUGCUGUGGGGAGGAAGACACGCCCUCUCUCCCCCGGAUUCCCUGAGCUGCUCGGGCAGCGUGGGGCUGAAUGGAGAGAGAGACAGAUAGAGGCCUCUUUAUGUCCAGUAUAAGACCAUAAUCCCAAUGUCCAUGUCACAGGGGCCUGCUGUUAGCUGCUGGGGUAUGUUACACCGUGGAAAAGGGUCAUAAAAAAGAAGACAAAACACACAAAACGAGGUCCUUCAAGAAGUUUUUUUUUUAUUCUUCUGGAUAUUGUUUUAAUGAUCAUCAUAUAGAGCAAAAGUAUUUAUUAUAUAAAGCAUAUGAUCACAGACCAAUAUUGUGUCUACAGCUAUUUACUAUUUCCCUCUUACCGAAAUGAGUUACACGUUGAAUGCUUCACGUUUUAGGUUUCACAUCUGUGUCGGUGUUCAUGUGGGGGUUUUCUGGAUACAGUAGAUUGUGACUAAUUUGUACCUUACUGAAAAUAAAAGGAGAGCGAAAUCGCUGUCAUUGGAAAUCUGGUUGAGACUCGAUCCGAAGACGGAGAGUGGGUCAUUCCCGGGAUCCCGGUGUCCGCUUGUGGGAACUCGUCUUAUAGUCGCUGUCUGGUCCCCAUCUUGUUUGCAUGAUUUCCAUAUCGUUACUCGUGUCCUUGUCCUGACCUUCACAAAUCCUUAACAAAGCACUAAUACCAGGGGAGAUAUCCGUAACAAAAAGCACAGGACCUCUGUCCUUAAAGCCAGCCGCAGUACAUUUUAGCCAUUUAUAAGAAAGCUUAGCCUUAGCCAUUCUCGGCAGCUUUUUGUUGCCAUUUGCUUUCCUUCUUUUUUCAAAUCUUGAUGAAGCAAAGCAACACAACGAAAAGGAUGUGUUUCUAUUUUUGAAAAAAAAAAAAUCAAAAACAGACUGAACCUGGAUAUUUAUCUUGGCGUGUAAGGGUGCUAUAUCAUUCUGCUAAUAAUUUAUGAACUUUGGAAAUAGGAAAGGGCGUAACUCAGCAGAGUGGAAGCGUGUUAGAUGUUGACUGUGUUGGUCAUUCCCUCUGAUUAUUGAUAUUACUGUAAUUGUAAAACAAGAUUUUGCAGGUUAUUGUGUUUUUUUAGUCUCAUUACUUAUUCUGUACGUGUACAGCUUCUCUGAGGUGGUCUGUGCCUCAUCAGGUAAGAAGGGUGUGCCUGAACUUGGAAGAUUGCGAGGUCAAAUCCCCCCCCUCCCCAAAAAAAAAUCGCAUAUAUGUAUAUAAUUUUGUCUGAAAGCAUUUGCUAAUUAAAUGUUAACUUCUCUACGUACCAGCAGAGGGGAAUUAUGUAGUUGCAGUUUGAACUAGAAAUCAGGCUAUACAUACCGAUACUAGGAAAGGCACAGACUGAUGGGGCUGAGCUUUGGGGUUCAACUUAGGAUGUGCAAUACCAGCCAAAAGUCUGGACACAAAAUCAUCCCUGAGCAAACCUCACAGUUAUGUAGUAUUAUCUUGUGAAGAAGCAAAUAGAUGGAGUACUGUGACCUGGCCCCUACACUCCCCCGACCUAAAGCUUGAGUUGGGUAGUUAACUUGCGCCCAAGAACUUGUGGAAACUCCUUCAGGACUGUUGGAGAAGCAUUCCAGGCGGCUACAUCUGGAACUUGAUAGAGAGAAUGUCACGAGGCUUUUUUUUGAAGAGUCUAAAAUCUUGAGAUGUUGAACACUUCUCUUGUAUUUAGUAUGUACUAUCAUUGCCUCGAGGCCUUUUACCAUAAGGUAACAAAUGAAUUAAAAGCAGGUGUGUCCAGAAUUUUGAUGGGUACUGCGCCAAAAACAGCUCUUAGAAACACUCACUACUGGUACCUACGGUUUUCUAGCUUGCAUAAGUCUUAUCUGAGAUGAGCCAUUUUAGGGAGGAUAUUCCCAAAGGUCAUCCUGUCCAUAUUUCAUGCAGAAUCCAGCAUCACUGCUCUUAGUGACAGGUAGCAAUCACUUCUUAUUUUCGGGAAAUCAGAAGUGAUCAGAGAUUGUGUGGUGUUAUCGGAGAGAGAGCGCUGUAAAUGCAAUAGGGUCUGUUUCUUUACCAUCUCAAGUGUGUGAUUGAACCAAACACUUAAAAUAAAGAAGACCAACUCCGUGACUUUUUGAGCAUCAGCGAUGGAAGACUGACGGAUUUACAGAAGUACUUCCCCUUUUGGGUUUAGGUCUCAUUUUCUUUCUAUGUUGUACGUUCCUCCAGGUAACGGAACACCUCGUACUGUCAUCUCCUACUUUACCAAAUGUAAUCAUGCGACAAAGUUUGUUUUGCAAGGAUCUGAACUCUCCAGAAUUUGUUCAUCAACAAACACCUACUUGUAAAGUCUGACGUAGAUUCCAUUGCCCGCUACGCUGAGAAUAAAUAGAUUUAACCCAAAAACCAGCUGCAGAUAAUUGUCCAAAAGGAUGUUUUAUAUACAGAACUGUAUCCACCUGUUUCAUUUUCCUGUGUAUCAUUUUAGUCCAAUAAGGUUUCAGAACUCUUCCGACAUUGGCUGUUCCAGAAGAUUCCAUUCGGGUUGGUUUAGCAACUCUACUGCAUCCAGGUAGCCUGUUUUACAUUAAUGCUAAUCAAACCCUGUUCGUCUGCUCUUUAGCUAAACACGUCAGUAUGUGAUGGACACUGUAUCAUUUGAACAAGGACUUAUAAUGAAGUAUAAACUUUACGCACUCUGCCUUGUCAUGGAUUUGGUCUUAUGAAUAAAAUAUAUGCUUGAUGUUGA